UUUUGAUUCCCGUUUUCUUUUGUCCACAUGCAACGAAAUCCCUUCAAGAGCUUCACAAAUUUAGUGCGCUGUUUCACGCUGAAUAUAAAAGUUUCGUGAUUUAUGUAAGAUUUAGUAGAAAAUUGCAGAAAAAUGUUCCGGAAACUUGUUCAAUCGUCAGCUCACAUGCUGCGGAGAGGUUACAUAAAUCAUUCGCAUAGCGGAAUGGUUGGUGCUAGUCGGUACUCAUCAACUGCGGCAGAUCCUGAUAGUCCCGUCGAGCUGGAAGAGAAUCCCUUCGCUAAAGAUCGUGUCCAGUGCAUUCUGUGCAGACACAACAUAACACCAGACUACAAGAACGUACAACUACUGUCGCAGUUCCAAAGUCCCUACACGGGGCGAAUUUAUGGCAAGCACAUAACCGGUCUGUGCCGAAGGCGCCAAGAACAGGUGGAGAACGAAAUCAUCAAAGCGCAGAAUGCCGGAUUUAUGUCGACUUACCAUAAGGCCGUCGAGUUCCUAGAAGACCCGAAGCUGUUCGAUCCAGAGAGACCCGUUCGACCGCAUAAAUAUUAACCUGGUUCUAAUGGUUUUGAGAAAUAGAGGAAAUUAUAAUACAAGUAACGGAUCAGUUGGAUUUUUCGAAAUAUUCCAAUGCAGAGCUAUAAACCUUUGCCUUCGAACGAUGAGAAAAUUUGUAAUUUGAAAAAAAGUAGCUAGAAUUACAAAAAGUAUCAACAGAAA